CUAAUAGACAGGUGUACACAAAUCAAAGCGAGAGCUAUAACUUGCGUGAAAUCGGUUUAACUAAUAUUUUAAUUACUCUUUAUUCUUACACGUGAAAAUGAUGAAUUACUCGAGCUGAAAACAGUUAUCAGACUGCAAAGACAAGUGAACUUUAUUCAGUAUAACCGUGCUCCAUCUAGUGGUUUUUACUUUAACUAAUGCAACUAAGUAUGGCUAACAGGACUCAAUCUACACGUUAUGUGUUGUCUACGACUGGAAAUAAGGUUGCACUCGUUGCGGCCAAUAGUUGUUUUGGUAACCAAGUUAAAAACCCUUUAAUCGGUUUGCGUCCAUUGAGGUAAAGCUGCAUGGCAAGUUCACGAGAUUACUUACCCAGGGGCACUUGGAAUGAGUCAUUUGAAUCAGACAGGCAUAGCUGCAGUGAUACUUUGAGGUAUUCUAGUAAUACAUUUGAGUCUGACACUGAUGGGAAUGAAUGCAGUGAAAAGUCUGAUAGCAGGUUGCUAGACUCUUAUUAUUCUGAUGAGGAACUAGAGUCAAAAGCUGUAUCCAGCACAUCUGUUGUCAAGUCAGAAAGUGAAUAUUUAUCAUCUCUAGUAGGUUAUGAAGAUGAAACGUUUGAAUCGCUGGAUGUUUCAUCAGGCACAGCUGAAGAGAAAUUCAUUGAAAGAACAAUUCACAUACUUAAAGACAGGGGACUGUUCUGUAGAAAUUUUACAAGUGAGAGAAAAGAACAAAGAGCUAACAUAUCUCUAAAUCACAAAAUACCAUGUCAUGGAAACAGGGCCUGCCCUAAAAUGAAUUCACAGAUAUGAUAGAGAAUGGUGAAGUGCUAGAUGGAGAUUCUGAUGCAUUGAAGUCAUUCUGCUUUGCAAAGAUAAAACAGAUUCAGCAGCAGUGGGAAGUGAAGCAACCACAGGACACUGAGCAUGAAACAAUGUCACCGACAACAAAACCCAGGAAACCAAAGGAAUUUUUCAUGACUAGAUCAGUCCCUGAAAAACUUCUGAAGCGAUUACAGUUCAGAAACAUCACAGAGAUGCUGAAACAGGCAGAAGCAGCUGAAAUACAUCAGCCUUCCCACUGCACUGCAUGUUUGAAGAAAAAGGAAGAACUGGCAAAGGCAGAGUUUAUCAAACAAAAGAAAGCACUUGUGGAGUCAGCUAAUCUGAAAGAGAAGAUUGAAAAUCAGAUGUACAUUAGAGAUCCUCUCACCCUAAUUGGAGAAGUACUUGAAAACUUUCCUAAACUUUCCGAUGACCCCAGUGAGAUCUGGAAAAGAUUAACUGCAAAGCUAAAGAAAUGACCUAAGCGUGCAACUUGCUUUCAUGGGAGGAGAUCAUACACUUCAACAAGUAAAAUGUGACAUGGGUAAUAGUAUUAGUUGCCAUAAGAGGAUGGCAGUACUGCCGCAGGUGGGAGUAUAAAAUGGUACUACUGCUCCAGGACUGAAGGUUUGAGAUAACCUUUUUGGAGCGAUGGCAACAUAGGUUUUAUCAGGGCUUUGUGCAGUGCUAAACUUUGUGAAAGUAGUGCUUUUGAGCUCAAGAGGAAUUAGAAAGUAUGUUCUGUUUUGUGACAAAGUCAAACAUUGUUUUUAUACAGACUAGAGGUGUACAGCCUACUGCUUUGGAGCUGCAUUGUCUGGUUGCUCCUUGCUUGUCUCUGAAACUAUGACUAGGUGUAGAAGCAGCAUUGUUAAAAAUUGUAUGUAAAUUGUUAAUAUCUUUAAAUGUUUUCUGUUAAGUCAAAAUGCAUCUGUCUUCCUUUGCAGCUUUUUUAACAGGAGGCGACCUUAACUGCUGCUUUCUAAAUAAUGGUUCUUACUUUUGGGUUGCCAUACUGUAAUUCAAAGUAGUAUGAAAUGGGACUUGCACAGACACUGGACUUUUGUUUUUUAUAGCAUUGUUCAGAAGAAACACUUCCCAGUCUUCACAGAGUUUCAUCACUUGUAUGUCAGUAGGCUCACUGAAGUCUGGCAGUGUUGCACAGAUGGUUAAAUCUAUGAGCUUCUCACAAGUUUCAUCCUGUAAACUUGUUUAGUUAGUGUCUGUUUACAUAUUUGUCAUCCUGAGUAAACCACUGUAGGUCAUCCGUGUAGCAAUGUGUUUGUGCUUAGUAGGCUUGUGUAAUUAACCGACAUAUGAAAUUAAUGAACAUUUUCACUCAAACGUA